UCCCUUCGCACCAUUGUUUCAUCCCAAACCCAAAUAAGGGGUCAUAUUCCUAUAAGUAUAGGUUCCUUAAAAAACUUGGCCUGGCUUGACUUGGGAAAAAACAAUUUGACUGGAAAUAUACCGUACACAAUUAAGAGAUUGGAGGGGUUACAAAGAUUGUCUCUUGGUGGCAAUAAAAUAGAAGGCUUCAUUCCAGAAGACAUAUGUGAGUUAAAGAAUUUAGGAGAGUUAGAUCUCUCUUAUAACAAAAUUUCUGAAUCCAUCCCAAAUUGCAUUUCUAACCUCAAUCUUCUCCAAAAGCUAUUUUUGGAUUCUAAUAGAUUAGAAUCAUCAAUACCGUUGAAUUUAUGGAGCCUUGAGAAUCUGUUGUUUUUGGACCUAUCGUCAAAUUCCCUGGGUGGGUCUUUUUCUCCAAACAUGAAAAAAUCAGAUGUUAUUGAACACAUCAAUAUAUCUCGAAACCAAAUCACUGGACAUAUUCCAAGCAUCAUUGGAGCUUUUGAAAGCUUAAGUUAUCUUGAUUUGUCAAGGAACUCAUUUCAAGGAAACAUUCCACAAUCUUUUGGAGAUUUAAAAGGAUUGGAUAAUUUAGACCUCUCCUACAAUAAUUUAUCUGGUGUAAUUCCGAAGUCUCUUGAAGCACUUUUACAUCUCAAGUUUAUGAAUGUUUCUUUCAACAAGCUAUCCGGAGAUAUACCAACUAGUGGGCCUUUUGCAAACUUCACAGCUAAGUCAUUUUUAGGAAACAAAGCACUUUGUGGGAAUCCAAUUUUUGGAGUUCUACCUUGUCCAAGCCCAAGCUCCCACGGAUCAAAGGUGAAACAAAAGUUGCUCAAAUAUUUUCUUCCUAUCAUUGCUUCAGUUACAAUAUGUCUAGCAAUUGUUUAUAUGAUGAGAAGACAUCAAGAAAGUAAGUUGCAAGUUCCAAGUUCAUUUAAUACAUUGUCUGUAUUUGAGCAUAGAAUGAUAUCAUAUCAAGAGCUUUGUCAAGGGACAAACAACUUUUGUGAAAGCAACUUGCUUGGAGUUGGAGGUUUUGCUUCUGUGUACAAAGGGAUGCUGCUUGACGGGACAAUUGUUGCUGUUAAAGUUAUAAAUUUGCAAUUGGCUAGUGCUUUCAAAAGUUUUGAUGCAGAAUGCAUGGUCUUACGGACAAUUCGGCAUAGGAAUCUUGUUAAAGUCAUAACUACAUGCUCCAACCUCGAGUUCAGAGCUUUAGUAUUGCAAUAUAUGUCGAAUGGCAACCUCGAAAGGUGGUUAUACUCUUAUAACUACUGCUUAAAUCUUCUUCAAAGAGUAAACAUUAUGGUUGAUGUUGCAUCAACGUUGGACUAUUUACACCAUGAUCAAUCGGAAUCUGUGGUGCACUGUGACCUAAAGCCUACCAAUAUUCUUCUAGAUGAAGACAUGGUUGCACAUGUAGGUGAUUUUGGCAUUGCAAAGAUUUUAGUCGAACAUAAGGAUGCUACACAAACUAAAACUCUUGGUACUCUUGGCUACAUUGCACCAGAGUAUGGUUUUGAAGGAAAAGUGUCCAUCAAAGGCGAUGUUUAUAGCUACGGUAUAAUAUUGUUGGAGAUGAUAACAAGGAAGAAACCUACUGACGACAUGUUUGUAGGAGAACUGACUUUGAGGCAAUGGAUAGAUGCAUCACUUUCUGAUAGAAUGAUGGAAGUUGUGGAUGAGGGUUUAUUGAGGAUAGAAAAUAGAAGAGAUGUCACUGUUAUGCAAAGUGUUCUAUCAUCCAUCAUGGAAUUAGGCUUAAUGUGCUCUAAAGAGUUACCUGAUGAAAGAGCCGACAUCAAAGAUGUGCUUGCCAAGCUUAAAAAAAUCCAAUUAACACUUUUUGAAAAAAGAAAUAGGGGUGUUUGAUAUAUUUUAUUUGGGUUUUAUAGGGUUUGUCCUUUUAAUUUCUUAAAGUGCUUACAAGUUGUAAUUUUAUUGUUUGUACGACUUUUCAUGUUCAAAUAAAU